UGGAGGGAGGACGGACGGCUAAACGGCGCUGACGGUACCGGAUUUUGAUACUCGAAGGAAGGGAGGGAUGCUACGGUGAUUUCCCCUCUUUUUUCUCUCCCGACACCUUCUCACCGCUCCUCUUCAUCACCUCAAUCUCGGAACCUUAUCAAGACAGCUGUCUGUCAUCUUUUUUUAUCCAUCUUUCUGGGUUUUCUUUGCCUCUGCGCUCCAGCGGAUAAAAAAUAACAUUAAAAACAUUUUGGGUGUUUUUUUGUACCCCUUCUUCUCCACACAAACAGAAUAAUCAAUCAGUGGAUGUGUUGGACAUCUGAUACAAGAAGCAAUACUUGUUGAGAGAUUUUUUCGGCUGGCUUGUAUGUAUUGGGGGGAUUUCCUUGGAGAGUCGGGCUGCGCACGGAGUCUCUCACUUCCAAGGCAGAUCUGUGUCGCCGUGCAGAGGAGAAAACCCUCAACGCAUCCGACGACAGUAAUGAGCUAAAGGCUCUGCGAUCAGAGGAGAGAGGGAGCUUCCGCACUGUGAGAGAAGAAGAAAAACGAGGAGAAAAAAGGCCGUGACGAGAAAGUCGGUGAUGAGUAUCCGCACCAACCGGCCCCGUCUCAGCUCAUGAACUAAGUUCAUCAACAACAUUUCGUUCGCACAAACAGGAUACUGCCUCAGUGGGAGUGGCGCUCCACUGAGAGGAACCAGACAGUAAGGGGCGGAGCGAAGUGCACGGCUGCUCAGGUUUGAGCGAGAUGACGAUGCUGACGAUGAAGAGGCAGGGCCUGGGGCCCUUGAGGGCCUUCCUGGUGCUGGUGGGAGUUUCUGCGCUCUGUAGCGUUGCAUUAGGAACCCGGAGAGGAAACACUUCUCUGGAUCACAGGGGCCACAGACACAGACAUCCAGGUCACUUGUCGCUGCACAGACACAGACAGAGGACAGGGAAGGAGGGGCAGGUACUCCACAGGUCCAAACGAGGAUGGGUCUGGAACCAGUUCUUUGUCAUUGAGGAGUACACCGGGCCUGACCCGGUUCUGGUUGGCAGACUCCACUCAGAUGUCGACUCAGGCAACGGCAACAUCAAGUACAUCCUGUCCGGUGAAGGCGCGGGAACGAUCUUUGUUAUUGACGACAAGACAGGCAACAUCCACGCUACAAAAACCCUGGACCGCGAGGAGCAGGCUCAGUACACUCUGACAGCCCAGGCGGUGGACAGAGACACAAAUAAACCUCUGGAGCCUCCGUCAGAGUUCAUAGUGAAAGUUCAGGACAUCAACGAUAAUCCUCCGGAGUUUCUACACGGGCCCUACUACGCCAGGGUGCCUGAGAUGUCCAAUGUCGGUACGUCAGUGAUGCAGGUGACAGCGACGGACGCCGAUGACCCCACCUACGGCAACAGCGCCAGGCUGGUGUACAGCAUACUGCAAGGACAGCCGUACUUCUCUGUGGAGCCGCAGACAGGUAUAAUUCGCACUGCCUUGCCAAACAUGGACCGCGAGGCCCGUCAGGAGUAUGAUGUCGUCAUCCAGGCCAAAGACAUGGGCGGUCACAUGGGCGGGCUGUCGGGGACAACCGAGGUUAAAAUCACCCUCACAGACGUCAACGACAACCCUCCAAAGUUCCCACAGAGUGUGUAUCCCAUGUCCGUAUCAGAGGAUAAAGUGCCGGGAGAGGAGGUGGGCCGCCUCAAGGCCAAAGACCCCGACCUCGGAGACAACGGGAUGGUGAGCUACCGCCUAACAGACGGAGAUGGACUGAGCAUGUUUGAGCUGAGCACCGACUCCGAGACCAGAGAGGCUGUGAUUAAACUCAAGAAGCCGGUGGACUUUGAGACGAAAAGGUCGUACACUUUGAAGGUGGAGGGAUCCAACACUCACUUUGACCCUCAGUUCCUCGCUUGGGGGCCAUAUAAGGACGAAGCCACGAUAAAGAUAUCAGUGGAGGAUGCAGAUGAGCCGCCUGUGUUUGUAGCUCCCAGUUACACUUUUGAGGUGGAGGAGAACGCGCCUGAAGGCACCCUGGUGGGACGAGUCCACGCCAAGGACACUGAUGUUGCCAACAAUCCCGUCAGGUACAUGAUUCCUCUAUACACAGACGUCGAGCAGUUCUUCAGCAUAAACACAGAGGACGGCAUGAUCACCACAACAAGACCGCUGGACAGAGAAACUCAGCCCUGGCACAACAUUUCUGUGUCGGCCACAGAGAUAGGAGGUCAUCACCAGGACACAAAAGUGCGUGUUAACAUUAAAGUCAAAGAUGUGAACGACAACGCUCCAGAGUUUGCCACCAACAACGAAGUCCUCAUGUGUGAAACUGUUGCACCGGGAAAGGUUAUUGAAACAGUGAGUGCGGUGGACAAAGACGAGAUGGCUCACAGACAACACUUCACCUUCAGCCUCGCUCCCGAAGUCACCCACAACCACAACUUCUCCCUCAAAGACAACAGAGACAGCACAGCGAGUAUCUACGUGCUCCGUAAAGGAUUCAGCCGCCUGACCCAGGACGUUUACUACCUUCCCAUCGAGAUAAACGACAACGGGUUCCCCUCCAUGAGCAGCACCAACACGCUGACCAUCAGAGUCUGCUCCUGUGACAGCAGAGACACCAUCCUGUCCUGUAAUGUGGAGCCCUACGUCCUGCCUGCUGGCCUCAGCACCGGGGCGCUGAUCGCUAUACUAGCCUGUAUCGUCAUUCUGCUGGCGAUCGUGGUGUUGUUUGUCGCUCUGAGGCGUCAGAAGAAGGAGCCGUUGAUAGUGUUCGAGGAGGAGGACAUCCGGGAGAAUAUUAUCACUUAUGACGACGAGGGAGGUGGCGAGGAGGACACGGAGGCUUUCGACAUUGCAACCCUGCAGAACCCAGACGGUGCCAACGGUUUCCUGCCAAGAAAGGACAUGAAACCAGAGCUCCAGUAUCCCAUCAGGCCCGGCGGCCGUCCUGCAGCCAACAGCGUCGACGUUGACGACUUCAUCAAGACUCGAAUCGCAGAGGCCGACAGCGACCCAACCGCACCUCCUUAUGACUCCAUUCAGAUCUACGGAUACGAGGGCAGAGGAUCUUUGGCCGGGUCGUUGAGCUCCCUCGAGUCGGUCACAACAGAGUCUGAUUUGGAUUAUGACUAUCUGCAGAGUUGGGGGCCGAGGUUUAAGAAGCUGGCAGAUUUGUACGGGACCAAAGACUGCUUCAUUAACGACGGUGACGAUGGCGAGGACUCUUAACAGAGGUCUUACUGAGUGGACGCCCCAGAUUUCUGAUUUAUUGAUUCCAUGAGGAUUUGUUACCAGAGGGUUAACACUCCCCAGCACCCACUCGUCACCUGAUCGUUCAUGCCAACGUGUCGAUGGACGUUAACAGCUCUCCCUUCCACGGCGCCUCCCUGGUCUUCAAGAUGAAUUGUUAAUGAACACGUUAUGAACGCUUGGACUCCCAGUUUCUCCCAAAUCUGUCCUCUCCUCCUCCAGUAUGUCUCCUCCCCUCCUCCCUCUUUCUACAGACUCGAGCAUCGCAGGGCUGGGAGAUUUGUUAUGUCACCAGUUUGAAAGUUAAGUGUUGGGAAAAGUGUUGCUGUGUGAUCAAAAUGACUUGCUUAUAGCUAACUGUUUAGUUUCUUAGAGGUUCUAUAUACUUUUGUGGACUGGAUUCACGUACUUCCUCUGCGGUUCCUGAGAGAGAUUUUAUUCCCUGAACAGGUUCCUGAGCGGGGAACGCUCCCCUUAGUGACUCUCUUUGUGGUAAAAGACACACGGAAAGAGAGACACAAGCUCAAGAAAAGACAAAGUUAGUAUGGGAUCCAGUGACUACACUCUUAGAAAUAAAGGUAACAAAAGGGCUGAGGUUCUACCCAGAACCAUUUACGUAUGAAGAACCCUUUGUAGGAAAAAAGGACAAAGAGAUCCAUGAAGAACUAACACCACUGUUAGUGGGAGAGAGAUCUACAGGUAAUAACCUUCAGGCUGGGCUCUAAAUAAAAACCCAUGAAAUAUAAAUGGGUUCUCCGUAGAACCCCUUUGGUGAGUUUUAGAUUAAAAUAUUUAAAUAUGAAAGGGUUCUCAAUAGAACCCUGUGGGUGGUUUAUAGAUGAAACCCAUUGAAAAUAAAUUGUUUCUUGGUUGAACGCCCUGGGUGAGUUUUUGAGAAAACCCUUGGAGUAUCAAUGGGUUUUCGGUAGAACCUCCCAUAUGGGUUCUAAAAUAAACCCCUGAAAUAUGAAAGGGUUUUCAAUAGAACCCCCUGAGUGGAUUCUAGAUAAAAAACAAUGGAAUAUAAAUGGAUUCUCUGUAGAAACUCCUGGGUGGGUUCUUGUCAGCAACCUUAAAAGGUGUAAAGGUUCUGGAUGGAGCACCCAGAGAGGGUCCGGGGUGAAACCAUUACACCAAAGAAAGGGUUCUCUAUAGAACCUUUCAUGACGGGUUCUGGGUGGACCCCUUCACAGGGGGUUCUAGGUAGAUCCCUCUGAAAGUGUUCCAGUUGGAACCAAAGAAGGCCCUGCUUGGGGAAGAAGCCAAAGAACCAAUUAUGGUUCUAGUUAGCACCUUUAUUUCUAAGAGUGCACCUGAUGAAAGAGAAUAAAAGGUAAUGACAAUGUGUCGUAGAGUAAAAACAAAAAGCAUUUUCAGAUUUGUUGUCGUGUGUGUAGAGAGUUGGUUUGACAGACUCUGGGUUGUUGAUACUUUGAAGACGCUCGCAGCAUCUUCACAGUAUGGUGGCCUUAUAAUAAAUAAACAACAACUCCAGGGGUAAACACAACAAGAGUACUGAUAGAGACCGCUAGCUUCAGUAGCUACACACAGGCAAGGUGAACCCACACGGACUGAGUAUCUGUGAAAACGCUACACAAAUACCUUUUUUUUCUACUCCCAAAAAGACUGGACUCAAUCUAAAAACUGUGGAUGACUCUUUGUUUUCAUCUUCACUGCAGAGAAGAAAGAAAAGCUGCCCUUUCUCCAAGCCCCUGUGUCCCCGUCCCUUCCAUCAACAAUCACUCCCCAUACCAAGUCCACCAAUGAAUGAUCACUUCUCAUCCAGAGUCCACCAAUGAUGAUCAAUCACAAUGAGUAAAAACCUGUGAGCUCGAAAAAUCGCCUUAAACUUAAUGGACACUCUUGCAACGCAGUGCAUUCUCUUUUUUUUCUCCUUUUUGGUUCUUUUUUGUAACUUGAAAAGUAUAUUCAGAAAGCAAACUAUUCUCCAUGUUAGGUAUGUACAGAGCAAUGUGCAGACAUGUGAUAUAUCACUCUGAGGAUCCAACUUGCGCCUCGUGCACUCUUAAAAUAGGAUGUGCAAUUUCCGCCGGUAUGGUACAUGUAGACCGGGAACAUGUGCAUUGUGUUUUUUUCCCCAAACACCAGCUAUGUUGGCAGCAACACGUGUUGCAUCAACAUGUGUUGCUAUUUAAACAUAUAAUGUGCCCACUGGAAAACAACACAAAGCGUGUUUUCAGAGCUGCAUAUACAGAGAGGCUGAAACAAGAACAUCUUUUUUAAGCGUGCAGGUUCUCGUUCAAUCUCUUUUUUAAUGUUAUUAUAUUAUUAUGAUGAUUAUUAUUGUUGUUUUUUAUUAUUAUUAUUAUUACCAUGAUUAUUAUGACAAUAAAUGUUCUUUCUUUGGCUGCAGCUACACAGGAACAAAUUCAUGUUUAACUCUUUGCUAAUACGAUGUUCUUAUGGUUGUUUAAAGAUGAAAACAACAAAGUAUUUGUUUUCAUUUUUGGAUAGACGUAGAAAAUCUACUGCCAAAAGUUAAAUAUCAGUUUUGGUUUAUGCCUGUGUGAAUACAACCUCUCUCAUUUCUUUUGUUUUAGUUUCUUUUUUUUUUUUUUUUUGUUUCAUUAUUUGGCGUUUCUUCGUUCUUUCUCCCUGUUCAAGAGGAAAACUAGCAAUCUGUGUCUGUUGCAGUGAGAGAACGCCUCGUUUUUAUUCUCUGUCAAGUUUUAUGGUACCGAUUUGUACAAUUUUAAAAGUUCUUAUUUUAGUAUACAUGCAGAAUAUUCCAGUAUUACAACAAAAAACAUGUUAAGAAGAUAAGAUUAAAAAAAUGUUACAGCAUCACACUUAUAUUUUCUGAACAUUGUAAUGUUGCUUUACUAUGUGCUUCAAUCUCCGAAGCGAAAAAAAAAAAAAACCUUUGAAAUAAAUG